AUGUGCCUCUUCUAUAUCCUCGCUGUUUUUUUCCUCGUCUUGACAGGCUUCGCCGCCAAAGAUGAGCAAUACUUAUCCAUAACAGCCGUCACCACCGACUCAAACGACCACGCUUACCUCGAAUGCUGGCGCUUCCUCACAGCCUUCAGCGCCUACCCCACAGUUGGCAACUCCCUCGCCAUCGCAAACACCACAAACGUAACAUACGUUAUCCUGCCGCCUCAGUCUGCUGAAGGAAUUCAUAAACCUCCUCAUCCAAUGUUCUUCAUCCUGCUGUCAGGCCUCGCACAUGUGACAUUCCCGUUCAAUGUUGAAGAGCUGUGGAUUCGUGAAGGUGCGGAGAGCUUGAUCGUUGCGAAUGAUGUAAACGGCGUGGGCCAUUUCACGGAGUAUCCGGGGGGGAAGGAGACAAUUGCGUUGCAGGUGCCGUUUAAGGAUGGGAUUGUGCCGGCUCAUGAGGUAUGGGAGGAGGGAAACAAAAGGCUUUGGGAGGAUUGGUCUGAGAGCAUGAAAUUGAGAAGGAUAGAGAGGUGAGAGGAAGAAAUGAAGAAUUAGAUUUAAUUUAUUAACUUGUGCCUUUUA